AUGCCGCCGCUCAUGCUGGUCAACAGCGCCAAGCGCGUGGUUCCCGACGCGCACGACGGCGAGGUAUCGUCCGUCUGCGUCGACGGCGACCACUGCGUCACCGCGGGUUGGGACGGGCAGCUGCGAUUCUGGGCCAAGUACGACGCCUUGCCCACGAGAUCCUUCCAGCUGGUGCAGCGCGCGCAGGCGCACGAGGACGCGGUGAAGACCGUGGCGACCAUCGCGGACAAGUGGAUCAUCAGCGCGGGCUUGAACGGGCUGUGCAGGGUGUGGACCAGGAGCGGCGAGGCCGCCAUGCAUCCCUCGCAGAUCCCCGAACCCACCCCGAAUGAAAAACCGGGCGACGAAAAACCGAACGGCGAGGACCGCGCGCCACCGCCGCCGAAGCACCCGCUCCCAUUGGACGACCUCGGCGACGACAACGCGGAGGAGGUCGGUCUCGAGAUGGAGGAGCUACGGCUGGCGCGGACGGAGCGUAAGCGCGUGUUGGCGCAGUACGACGGACCGUGGAAGUGCGUCGGGGCGUUCGACGGAGGCGCCGGGGGAUGCGUCAACGCCGUCGUCGGCUUGCACGCGCCGGAGGACGCCGGCUGUGUCGCGAAACCGCCCGCGAUCGCACUCGCCGUGGGGUCCCACCUCGGUUCCAUGACGCACGCGGUUCGGAUACUGGAUCCGACGCGGAACUGGGCGACGAUUCAGGUCCUGGAGCACCCGGAAGGCGUCACGCGUUUACUUCGCAAAGUCGGAUGCGAACUCGACGGGUCGGACCGACUCGUCACCGGGUGCCUCGACGGUCGGAUACGCGUGUACGCCAGGGACCCGGCGGAACCGGACCCGAGGCCGCCGCCCGUGGAGCCGGUGGAGGGAGAAGACGAAGCGUCGGGCGCGGGUGCCGGUGCCGGGACGGGGGAAGGGGGAGACGAAGGGGGAGAGGAACAGACGUCGACGCCCGAGCCCGAGCCCGAGCCCGAGCCGUGGUUUCCCCCGUACCGACUCGAGGCGACGCUGCACGCGCAUCCCACCGUCGUCGACAUCCAAUGGCUCGGCAAGCACCCCGCGUUCCCCCCCCCGCAGCCCCCCGCGCCCCCCGCGCCCCCGCCGAAGGAGGGAGGCCAAGCGGGGGAAGGCGACGAGGACGCGGAUGAACCGGUGGAACCCCCGGGCCCGCCAGAAUUUUGGCCCGGGUGCGACAGCCACCUGUGGCUCGUCUCCGUCGGCACCGACGGGGGCGUGAAGCUCUGGGAGCGACGACGGGUGCCCACGAAGCCGUGGGGGCUUCCCCAUUGGGGAUACGAACCGCCGCCGGAGCCGCCGAAGGGCGAGGCGAAGGAGUACGCGUGGUGUCGAACGCCCGGUCCGGAUGGCGAGAUACGAAACGCCCCCCUCGCGCCCCGAAUCCGAAUCGCGAACGACGAAAGCUCAAAAAUUGAAUCCCUCGCAAAGGCGCGUCUCACGUGCGUGCGCGUGUGGCGCGAGCACGUCACCGUGGGGCUGGGCGACGGGCGGAUGUGCACGUGGGGGCGCAGGGUUCGCGACGAGUCGGGCGUGGAGGGGUGGGUGCUGGAGCGGAUCACGCCGGCGCCCGCGGAUAACAUUAGAUGCGGGGCGGUGACGGGGAUGUACGAGUGUGGGCAUAACCUCCUGGUGACGCACGCGGACGGGCAGGCGCGCGUGUACGCGUGA